CUGAGCUUGUGAGCAUAGAAUUAAAUAUUUAUCAGUUUUCUAUGUGACUUAAUGAAAAAUAGUUUCGCUUACGCGUAAAAAUAAUUAUCGUGCACAAAAAUUUAUCCGUUUAUCCAAGUCUACAUGCGUAGAAAUAGUCCAACAUUAACUUUCACAAUGAAGGGUGUUGAAAAAAACUGCAUGUUUACGGUAAUAGUAUUCGGCAUUACUUUUGGACUACCCUUCAGCAUUGGUCUGCAAUGUUAUGACUGCGGGGAAUUGUCCAUAAUAACUGCCGAUAGCAAUGCAUGCGCAAUGAAUUUGGGGUCGUGUGUCUAUGACCUUAGCACUGGAGGGCUUAAAGGAAUAGGAAAUACGCAUGCACAUUUAUUUAACAGUUCCGCACCUGUGAGGGAAGUGUGUUACAGUCUGAGAGGAAAGUUUCGAGGCGAGUCCUUGCGAAUGGGGGGCUGUGAUGCAUUGCCUCUCGAAGACGUUGACUCGGAGCACUGUUUGGAUCCAGAUUUCAAAGUCUGGUUUGAAACAGAAUCUGGUCGCGAGUACAUUACCGAGAAAUCAUUUUGCAUUUGUGGCACAGAUUUUUGUAACAGAGUUCCUGCUGGUGGGAGCGUCCGUGUGAAUUCAUGGACUUAUUUUUUGUUUAUUGAAACCGUUCUUGUAAUCAUCUCUUUUUCAAGGAUAAGUUUUUGAAUAACAAAUAAAUACAAUGAUUUUAUUCAAGAA